AAGGAGGGGCGCGCGGAGGGGUUAUUAGCAAUAGUAGCAGUCGUAACCUUCGCCGGGCCUGGUGCUUACCUUUUGCGUCGAUCCUGGGCCCGUGAACGAGGCUGCUCCCUGAAGGCCGCACCCGACCAUCUCGCGACUCUGUUGCCACCAUUUUGAUUAUUGAGAGCAAUGCCUAUGGAGUCAGACACGCCAUUCGAGAAUGACCCAAUGGUAGAAAGACAUUUGCCACCUGGGCAAAUAGAUCCUGGGAGAGCUCGAUUCCCAUGUUGCCUUGUAUGGACUCCUCUACCCCUGAUCUCUUGGUUCAUACCUUUCAUUGGUCACGUUGGCAUUUGCAGAGAAGAUGGAGUGAUCUUGGACUUUGCUGGGCCAAACUUUGUAUGCGUAGAUAAUUUCACGUUUGGUGCAGUGGCCCGUUACAUACAACUAAACAAAGAAAAGUGCUAUAAAUGGACAGAGCAUAACGAAAUGAUGUCCUGGGAUGAUACACUCAAGAAGAGCAUGCAAGAGUUUCAGCAUAAAAAUUAUGGCCUUUUCACCUGCAACUGUCACUCUUUUGUGUCUAACAAUCUAAACCAAAUGAUCUAUGACGGGCACAAAAAAUGGAAUGUGGUGAAUCUAGCAGUUUUGAUGUUCUUCAAAGGUACUUGGGUGAGCAAAGCAUCGGCAGCAAGAUCAUUGUUGCCGUUUGUGGUGGUUUCCUGCCUAGGACUUUUAUUGGGAGGUUUGAACUUCUUGGUGGCUUUGGUUGGUUUUACGCUUGUUCUUGUUGGUUGGUUUAUUAUUGGUACAUACUGCUUCAAGAGUAUUAUCGAGUCGUAGCUGUGAUUUCUCUGUAUGCGAGUUCUCAAAUUUGUAAUCUAUGUAUCUCAAUCUUGAAUACAUUGUAAGGUAUUUUCUUCGAGAUUUGCAUAUUGUUUUUUAUUAUUAUAUGAAGUUAAUGUUGUUAAGCCUAUGAUGCUCAUCUAAUAGUUGAUAUAGGCAGAUGGUUCUUUUUCCUGUUA